AUGAUCAAUUUCAUACUUAUGGUUAACAAAUAAGGAUAGACAAGACUUGCACAAUAUUUUUAAUUUCUAAGUGUAAAAGAAAGAAUGACACUUGAAGGAGAAUUGAUUCGUAAGUGUCUAUCUAGAAGUGAAACCUAAUGUAGUUUUCUUGAACAUAGAGGAUAUAAAGUUAUUUAUUAAUACUAAUUUAUAGAUUAUAUACAGAAGAUAUGCUUCUCUUUAUUUUAUUAUUGGAAUGGAUUUAGAAGAAGAAGUAAUUCUAUAUGAUUAUAAUAAAGAAUGAAAUGGCAUAUUUAGAAUUUAUUCAUAAUUUAGUUGAAACACUUGAUAAAUAUUUUGAAAAUGUAUGUGAAUUAGAUGUAAUUUAUAUAUCAAUCUAUUUUUAGAUAAUGUUUAAUAUUGAAAAAGCUCAUUAUAUUUUGGAAGAAAUGGUGAUGAAUGGUCAAAUUGUAGAAACUAAUAAAACAUAAAUCUUAGGUAUUUAAUACUUAUAUAAAUAAAGCCCCAAUUCAUGUUUUAGAUAAGGCUAAAGAUGAAUGA